AUGCAUGGGUUGGAGGCACCUCCGUGGAGCCAUCCCAAACCAAGUUAUCUCCCGCCAAGGAUCUGUCCCGGCCCACCAGGUAAGUAGGAGAGAUCAAGUAAGAGUACAGACUAAGAUCAUACACACUAACGUUUAGUGAAUCUCAUUGUUUAUAUAUAUGGCUUCUUAAGUAUCCAUACAGUCUAGGGUAAAAUUCAGCUUAAUGGAACUCGGUGACUCAGCGCAACGGAGAACUUUUAAGCGCAGCACGAUGCAGAGGAAUGCAACAAAACGCCACCCAGCUCAGAUGGGAGGGACACAACACAAAUGUAUUAUUCAAUAUAACUCAGCAGCGUGCGAAGUAAUGCCACGUAACUGUUAUUACGUGACUUUUCUCGCUUCAUUACGAUAUAAGAUUUUUACCGGGGUGAAUACAGCAUAAUGCAACUUGCUCAUUCAACGCAACACAGGCUACUAGGCCAAAACGUAGUGCAGAGGACUGCACAAAUUGAAUGCAACAGAACAAAUAACUCUCAAACAGGAACGGCGAAAUCUUUUAAAAAGAACGCCAGAGAGCCAACAAAGCUACCCAGGAGAGUGCUGCAUCAGGUCGCAAUUUACUACAGUUAUAACACAACGGAAUACGAGGGUAUGGCAAUACAACACAUGUCUAUGCAUACCCCUUAACAAAACUGAGUCAGUGCAACACGAUUCAACGGAAUGUAAGGAGAUGGAGAGCAGUUAAAUACAAAGUCGAGCAACGUAUACGUGAUACCGGUUGCCAUCAUAAUAAAUAGAUAAUAUAUUUUUUUCUCUUUUAUAGGGAGACACUGCAGGAUGGAAACACCAAGGGUACUUUUUCCUGCCUCUCACUUUCGUCAAACGCAGCCACCGAUUAACAUUGCGCCCAACGCAUGGCCAAAUACGAAUAUGGCCUACACAGACCGAGGAAACAAUUUCUCUACUAGACAGAAUCCACAUCCUAUAAGACAUGUAGGGCCGUUUCCAGGAGUAGCACCAUGGCCAAGGCCUUUUCUUCCCAACAAUUGGCCAACUCCCACACCGAAGAACCUUGUGCCCAACGCAUGGCCAACCAACAUGGCUUAUACAGACCACGGAAGGGGUGUCCCUACGAAACAGAAUCGAGAUCCUAGUAAUCUUGUGGGGCCGUUUCCAGGAGAAGCACCACAGUCAAGGCCUUUUCUCCCCAACAAUUGGCCAACACCCCCACCGAUGAACAUUUCUGCAGAACAGAAUCCAAGUGCUGUUAAUCCUGUGGGGACUAUACCAGGAGUAGCACCAUGUCCACUGCCCUCUUCUUCCAACACCUGGAAAACUCCGUUAACUAUGAACAUUAGACCAAACAAAUGGGCAAAUAACAACAUGCCUGACAUGGAUCAAGGAUUUUGGAUACCUGCGGAACAGAAUCCGUUUCCUCAUAACUACAUUGGAUCUGGCCCGAUACAAGUCCAACAAUUAUCACCAUACCGAACAGGUUUGUAACUUACAUUCUAGUUCCUCUUAACACCCAAGCAUGAGAUACCUAGAGCGUUCGUUGAUAAGCAACCUAAUCUUUUCUACUCUCUAUAAGCGUGUAUGUCAGGAAAAUAGUCUCUCUAUCCGUUUAAGUAAUCUUUGGACGCCAACUAUUUGAGUAAAUAAAAUUACAUUUUGAGAAAUCAAAUGAUUAGGCAUAGUCUGCGUAUGGGGUAUUCAUAAUCUUAGGAAUUUAGAUUAUUAUGUCAUUGUAGCUACAAUUAGUGGUUUCGAAAUUUAGUGUUAUUACACUUGACACUUACAUAGAGUUUCUCAUCUAAUCCUAUCAAGUACCCUAUGUGGAGCAGUCUCGUUCAUAUGAUACUAAUCCAUCAGAAACUGUGAAUCCUUGA